UUCCGACAGUGUUCUCAGUGCAUGGACUACAGGCUGAAGUUAUUUGGUUAAAAUGGAAAAAGCUAAAGAACCACUGGAACUAAACGUUUCUCCCAUCACAAAUAACUCAGAACAUUUCCUUCAACCUUUAAUCCCUGAAGUCACAGUAAACCAAUGUUUCCAUGCCAAUCCACCCCAUAACAGAUUCAUACCAACCCAUUGCAUGGAUGCAGAUUAUCACUACCAAAAAGGAGCAAGUGCAGUCGGACAAGUGAACCAGAAAUGUGGGACUCGAGUCUGUGAUACGCAGCGUGAUCUGAUGGAGCACAGAGAGCCAGAAAAUAGAGGAGUAACUCCUGUCAGGAUGAAUCUCCUUCAUCGCUCCCGUCCUGCAGAGACCCGGACGGGAGACACGAGAGCAGAGUGCUCCUGUUUGAAUUGUGGAGCUCACCGGUUUGGAAACACUGAGCCUGCAAACAGAGACACAACGAGCGGGGAAGAUGAAUAUAAUUCACAACACUACCGACCACCUCAGACUCCUCACCACUACAUGCACAACUACGACCCCCAUCAAUCCAUGAAUAUCGGGUAUUAUCACUCUGCAAGAGACUUCUAUCCAGGCCACAGACUCCCUCCUCAGCCAUGUCACCACUCUGCUCCCUACCAGCACAGAUCCUGGGAUGACUACCAAAACUGGCUCCAGCACACUCAUGACCCAAUGAAUAGCAUCAUGGCUCAAGGAGGUGUGUCAGUGAACAUGCAUCAGUUCUUCGUACCUCCAGUGGAGGGCGUGUCACAGGUCAGCGUGAUGAACCUGAGCCCUGCAGGAGCGGAGGCGUCUGUCUCACAUCCACAUGAGAAAAGAAGAACCAUCAGUCUGCCGGAUGAGUGCCGAAACAUUUUUAUAACCUAUUCUUCGGACAUUUCGUCAGAUAUAGUCCCCUUCGUAGACUUCCUCACAAAGCAAGGUUUCAGACCAGCUGUUGACAUAAUUGACAACCCCAUCAGACGCUUGGAUAUCAACCAGUGGAAGGACAGUUACCUGACAGAUCCAUCAACCCUGAUUAUCGUCGCCAUCAGUCCAAAGUAUAAGGAGGACAUAGAAGGAGACGUAGUGGACAACCACGGUCUGCACACUAAAUAUGUUCACUCCAUGAUGCAGAAUGAAUUCAUCCAACAACGCAGCUUGAAUUUCAGAUUCAUACCACUUCUCUUCUCAAAUGCAUCCCAGAAGCACGUCCCAUGUUGGCUUCAGAACACGCAUGUUUACCGCUGGCCGCAUGACACUGAGGAUCUGUUACUGCGACUGCUGAGGGAGGAGAGAUACAUUCCUCCUCCAGUACCGCUGGAGCUCACCCUCAUCAUCAGACCCGUGACCCCCAGUGCUGCAGCUCCACUAGGAUGAAUCUUAACGAUUUUGGUGGUGAUCCUCGGAAUUGUCCCUCUGGAUAUUUGUGGUAUAUAUUGCAUGGAUU